CACUUUGCACUUGCUCACACGAUCGAUCACUACGACGAACAAGUCGUCCCAAGGUAAUAAAUGGGCUCGUGCAUCUCGCGCUCACCGGCGUCGUCGGCGGCGGCGGGGUCCGGGCGGGCAGUGGCCACCAAGACCGCGAAGGUGGUGGACGUAGACGGCUCCAUGGCGCAGUUCGCGGCGCCCGUCACGGCGCGCGAGGCCCUGGAUAGUGUACAAGAGCGCCGCCCAGGCGCGUCGGUCUUCCUGUGCAGCUCCGACGAGCUCCGCUUCGACGUGCCCGCCCGUGCCCUGGCCGGAGACGAGGCGCUGCAGCCCGGAUGGCUCUACUUCGUGCUGCCCAUGUCCACGCUCCGCCGCUCACUCUCCGGGCCGGAGAUGGCCGCGCUCGCCGCCAGAGCCAGCUCGGCGCUGGCCGUUGCCAGCGGCGUUGCGUCACCCCCGCGGCGCAAGAACGGGGUCGGGGCGCCCGGCGCCAACAGCAAGCGACGGAAGGCGGCGGCUCGUGUGGCGCCACUCGUUGUCGCUGACGAGAUCGCCGGACCAGACGGUGGAUCGGAUCAUCACCAUACGUACGGCAAGUACGCCGGCGAUGAGCCAGCGGCGAAGGCGUGGAAGAGAAGUAGUUGGGGUGGAAGCCGCAGCAGCACUCGCCGUCGUCGCCGUGCAUCUGGCACCCCAACGCUGAGCUCCAUUUUGGAGGCCGAUGACUUCUGAGCAACCCCGUAUUGAUUCAAUGGUUCGAUUCUUGGGAGUUGGGCCAACGCUGAGCUCCACUUUGGAGGCCGAUGACUUCUGAGCAACCCCGUAUUGAUUCAUGGUUCGAUUCUUGGGAGUUGGGAGUGGUUAGCAAUUUCUGAUCAUGGAUUAGUCUAGUUGAGUUAGUUGGUCCAUUCUGUUGAGUUGCUCAACCGGUGUACAUACUGCAUACGAGAGUUUUUUUUAACACAGUACAGACGCAAGCGCUCAUAUACACGCGCAUACAUUCAUCUCUGUGAACGCACACACGCACAUUCUACUUCACCAGGGCUUGAACUCUGGUGGGCUGGAGAUACCAUAGUCCCUCUAACCAUCCAACCACAGGUUGGUUCGCUACUGCAUACAAGAGUUAUAUGUACAACAUGCUUGACUCUUCGAUGUGUACGUGUAAAAUCCGUAUUGUGAAAACUCAUUUUUUUAGGGGUGUGAAAACUCAUAUACGCAGAUGCUGACACCGCAUGAAAGU